AUGAAACUCCUAAGCUGGAACUAUCGUGGUUUGGGGAGCCCCCGGGCAGUUCGAUCUCUGAUGCGGUUAAUCCGCAUCGAAAACCCUGAUGUGCUGUUUCUCAUGGAGACACGGCUAAAUAGUUCUGAAAUUCAAAAUAUAAGAAGUAGAAGUAGUUAUGAAGGAGGCUUUAGUGUGGAUUGCAAUGGUGAGGGUAGACACAAAGCUGGGGUUUUGACUCUUCUUUGGAAAGACGCUAUUCAUUUGAUGAUUAAAUCCUUUUCUCUUAAUCAUAUUGAAGGUAGCAUCCUUGAUGAGUGUGAUUCGCAGAAGGGGGAUUUUGGUGGUAUCUACGGAUUCCCAAAAGAGAAAAACAAAAAAAGAACGUGGGCUCUCAUUCAAUGGCUGGUUAACCAAGGAAGGGGGAAAUUUGUGUGCUUUGGUGACUUGAACGACAUACUCUCUGAAUCGGAAAAACAAGGAGGGAAUAGUAGGACGGCUGGGCAACUCCUUGAAGGCAGAAACACAAUGGACAUGUGUGGCCUAUCAGACCUUGGUUUUGAAGGUUACCCGUUCACAUGGACAAAUGGUCGUAAGGAUAUGGAGAAUAUACAAAUAAGGCUGGACAGGUGCUUAGCAAAGGAAGAAUUUGUCAACAGAUUCUCUCCCAUCAAAGUAUCACAUCUAGGCAGAUUUGGUUCUGAUCAUGCUGCUAUUAGAAUUCAGCUUGAAGUUGAUAGUAGCGUGGCCACUAGGAAGAAAUGCCAUAUGUUCCGGUUUGAGGAGGUUUGGAGUAGAGAUCCUGCAUGCAUUGGUUUAGUGAAGAAACCAUGGAACAAAGGACAUCCCUCGAUUAUCUAA